GACUUCGCUUCCCGGGCUAAGCUGGCCGUGCAGAACCUGGUGCAGAAGGUUGGAUUCUUUGGGAUCCUGGCCUGUGCUUCGAUCCCGAACCCCCUGUUCGACCUGGCCGGGAUAACGUGCGGCCACUUCCUCGUUCCCUUCUGGACCUUCUUUGGGGCCACCCUGAUUGGCAAAGCCGUCAUCAAAAUGCACAUCCAGGCAAGUGCUGCCCCUCCCUCGGCCCUUGGGGGUGCUGGGGGAGCCUUUUCUCCCCCUCUGACUGUUCCACCGAGUUGCUUCUGAUGGUUGUGGAGUCCCCCUGCCCGACCUGAAGGAAUGGGAAUUAAUUUGGU